UCUCACGCUGCCCCUGAUCAAAGGAGUUCCUGCACAAACUUCAUUCCACUCCACAGAGGGAGAACAUAUGUUGGAGACUCAACAGAGACGGAGCGGAGAGAGUAGAUAAACAAAGCUCUCACAGACUGGACCUAUUUUUUGUUGUUGGAUUACUUUUACGUUUGUGUCUUUGCAUCAGAGUGCUUGAGUGUGAAAGUUUGUGUGCAUAGUGUAAAUGUAAUUUGAAUUGUUUUUAAAGAUGGAUUCCUCCUUUGCUGUGAGCUCUCUUUCCCUGGCCCUUUUAUUCUCUCUUCAUCUACACAACCACCUCCUUGCUUGGGCCGCAAUGGACUCCUGCUAUGAUGAGCAGGGCGCCCCAAGCCGCUGCAUGCCCAAGUUUGAGAACAUUGCCUUCAAUCGCACUGUGGUGACAUCAAAUGUGUGUGGCUCCCCACCUGAGGACUACUGCAUGCAGACUGGCUCAACGCGCUCAUGCCACCACUGUGACGCAUCAGACCCUGAGCUGAGCCACAAUGCCAGCCUCCUGACAGACUUCAACAGGAAUGAGGAGUCCACGUGGUGGCAGAGCCAAUCCAUGUACUAUGGUAUCCAGCACCCCAAUUCUGUCACCCUCACCCUCCACCUGGGGAAGGCUUUUGAGAUAACCUAUAUACGAUUGAAAUUCUACACCAGUCGGCCGGAGAGCUUCGCCAUCUACAAGCGCACAGAAGAGGAUGGACCCUGGUUGCCUUACCAGUAUUACAGUGCCUCUUGUAGGAAGACCUAUGGGAAGGAUGCUAAGGCUUACAUACGCCCAGGAGAUGAUGAGAGGACUGCUUUAUGUACAGAUGAGUUCAGUGAUAUCUCUCCCCUCACUGGAGGAAACGUGGCUUUUUCCACCCUGGAGGGAAGGCCCAGUGCAUACAACUUUGACCAAAGCAUGGUGUUGAAGGAAUGGGUGACCGCCACUGACCUGCUCAUCUCUUUGGACAGGCUUAACACCUUUGGAGAUGAGUUCUUCAAGGAUGCUAAAGUGUUGCGCUCGUACUUCUAUGCCAUCUCUGAUUUCUCUGUGGGUGGCAGAUGUAAGUGUAACGGUCACGCCAGCGAGUGUGUUGAGGUGGAACAUCUGGGCCUGGUCUGUUCCUGCCAACAUCACACGGUGGGAGAUGACUGCCAGAGAUGUCACCCCUUUUACCAGGACAGACCCUGGGCCAGGGCCACUGGGGACUCUGCCAACGAGUGUUUGAAGUGUAACUGCAGUGGGAGGUCAGACGAGUGUGUGUUUGACAUGGAGCAGUAUCGAAGCACUGGCAGUGGGGGGCGCUGCGUGAGCUGCAGAGACAACACUGAUGGGCCACAUUGUGAGCGCUGCAGAGAGAACCACUACAGGGAAUCUGCUGAAGAGCCCUGCCUACCCUGCAACUGCAGUAUUAAUGGUUCAGUGAGUCUGCAGUGUGAUGUAGAGGGAAGGUGUGCGUGCCGAGUUGGCGUGACAGGGGAGAAGUGUGACACAUGUGGGGCUGGCUUUCACUCGCUUGGCCCUGGUGGCUGCAGUCAUACCAUCUAACUUCCCCAAGCCUGAAUUUAUCAAACUACAAAGCAGUCGUACUACAAAGCAGUCGUAAACAAGAGGAUUCUUACUUCUCUAUGUGACACCACUGUGAAUUAGUGACCUUCUUAUCAGCCGUGUGAGUGUGACCCCAGCGGGACCGUGGACGAAUGCUCUCCUCUGGAUGGACGCUGUCACUGUAAGCCAAACGUGGAG